GUAUAGUUGUUAUACUGUCAGUGAAUGGUCUUUUGCGUAGAGGAAGACAACACGUGCGCGCUCCCAACGUGUAUUUUAGGUCAGUUCUGUUUUUGGUUCGAUUUCGGUUGUUUUUCACACCAUAUUGUGCGAGACAUCAGUUGAAAAAUUAUGGAAAGUGAGCAGCCAACGGCUGGAAAAUCCACUACUUCAGUUGAAGACCCACAAACUAUCGCAACCCCCAUUGAAACGGGCAAACAUAACGUCAUGGAAGGAGACCUAUCAACAGAUAAGGUGCAAACAACACCCACAGGAACCACAAAUGCAGUCGUAGUACCAGCGGAAAUGGAGCAACAAGUGGUGAAUUCGUCAGCCAAUGAGUCAACCCAAGUCAACGCAUCGAUUUCUGUUCAAGAAAAGGUUCCCGAUUCAAAUGAAUGUCUUGCAAAGGACCAACAGGUUGCAGAAAAUCCUAUGGCAGAGCGGGCAUCCCCUCUAGAAAUGGAGUGUGAAGAAUCUGCAGUGGGGGAAACCGCUUCAUCAACAGGGGCGGAGUCCCAGAAUGCUACGACACUUGCUCCGGGCACUGUAAAUGUACCCAACCAAGCAGUUCCACAAGUCCAGCCCGCUCCCGAGGCUAACCAAGAUCCUCAACCAACCGGCCUUAGUCUUCUGGCCGCCUACAGCUCCGAUGCUGAUGACUCGGAUGUCGAGGAAGUCACCCCCGCACACGAUAGCGACAACGAAGUAGUCGAAGUUCCAGUGACGGACACUGCCUCUUCCACCGCCUAUCGUCCAGUGGUGGCUGUUAGCUCGGGCAGCGAAAGCUCCGAAAGCAGCAGCAGCAGUGACUCCGAAUCGGGCUCGGAAGGAGAGUACCUGACUGUGCUUCGCAAGAAAAUAGACAAGAGGAUCAACACCGUGGACUGCGAUGAGGAUGACGAGGAUUUCGACGAAGAUGGAGCCACAGGGGAUAGAGCUCGCCGUCGCCAGCCGCCAAAGGUACGGGGUGAAAUGCUCCUGGAUGAGCUGCCCCCAAUCCAUCAACUGGAGAUCACUGUACCCGAGGAUGAGUGCGUUGAACUGGGCAAGGUUCAGUCCAUCGUGGAUCAGCUCGUUUUGGUUUCCGUGCUGCCGAAUUCCAUGCUGUUCGAUCUAGACACUGUCUUGUUUUUGGAGAAGGGUCGCAAGGUCCUAGGCGAGGUUUUCGAUGUGUUGGGUCAGGUGGCGGAUCCACUGUACUGCGUUCGAUUCAACAGUAACCAACAGAUCCUGGACAGGGGCAUCAAAGUUGGAGAUGUCGUGUACUGUGCUCCGAAAACCGAACACACCCAGUUUGUGAUUCUCUCCAAGCUAAUGCAAGUGCGAGGUUCAGAUGCUUCGUGGGAGCACGACGUGGAACCACCUUCCCGCUACAUAGACUACUCCGAUGAUGACGAGGAAAGAGAGGCUAGGCAGGAGCAGCGAAAACGCCGCCAAAGGGAUCGGACGAACUCUACAGACUCGGUGGAUACAGUAACCUCGGUGGCAACAACGGCCACGGAGGCCUCCUCAGUGGCUCCUCCACCCCGCCAGCGCGGACGUCGCGGGCAGAGGGAGAGCUUCAGACAGAGUCAGAGACCCACCAUGUCGCAGAACAACCACAACCAGCCUCGAGAUCAGCAGUACAACUACCAUCCCAGCUACAAUCCGGGAAGCUGGCACUCAAACUACUAUCCGAACUACCAUCAGGCAGCGGCCAACUACAACAUGCCGCCGCAGCAGCCUGGCAUGCACUUCCCAGUACCCAAUUAUGGCUAUGGAAUGCCCUACGCCAUGCCACCGAUGUACCCUCACAUGUACCCGCCACCACCGCCCUUCGCCCCGCCUCCACCGAACAACCAGCCGCAUCAGGGACAACCGCCACCCAGCUAGAGAUAGUGACGGGAAUUCAGUGAAUUAUUUUUAUUAUUCCAAUAAAAAAUCUCCUUAUUCA